GGGGACCUCGCAGUUGCAUACAUUGUGCGAUGCGAAACGUUGGCGAGCUAUUAACGUUGUAAAUUUAAUGCUGAGAAUAUUCAAUCAACAUUUACGUUGAAGACUCAUCGCCUCUGAAAGCCGUAUGAGACACUCGCUCCGGUAACCUGCAGAAAGCUCCCACCACAUCGGAUGAGACCGCCUGCAUAGCCGCUAGUCAUUUGGCGGCAACGGGGCUAUAUAAGAUGUAGGCGAGGGAUGCAAGAUUGGAUGUGCAGACUGACAUCGUUCCUGUCAUACCCCCAUGCUGAAGAAUUGCGUAACCGAGCGGGUGCUGCAGGUCUUCUGUCCCCACUCCGCCUUAGUGUCCGGAACAACCAAUAUGGCUGUCAUCAUCUAGAAACGUCAGUGACUCAAAAGUGAAAUUGCCAUGGAAUCGGGUACCGAGCACGAUGGAUUUAAAUAUCCAUCUGUUCCCGAUUCACAAUGUGAUCUCAGCAUAAAUAUUUAUGAGACCAUCAGCGACAGAAACGUCAAUAAUAUGGGCACUUCGACAGUCGUGAGAGGAGGGAGCGACCCAAGUUCGUAUCCUCCAUCGAAUUAUCAGCUGAUCGUACGUCAAAGAUUCAUCAGGAGAAGUUUGUGGUUCUCGGACUCGGAUGAACAGGCUUUUGAGGUGCCAGAAUGUGACAACAGCAGUAAAAUCCUCAACAUAAACCUGCGCACGAUAGUUGACAGGACACGGAGGGCUUGGUCGGGGCCACAGGAGGGCUCCAGCACCGAGAGUCAAGGGGGGCAGAAAGACAGCGCCACAGAGAGUGCCAGUGCUGAUGAGAAGGAGAAAGCUGGGGAUACAUUGAACGUUGCAUCCACCGACGGAAGUAAAAAUGCUAUCAGAACUGCCAGCGAUGAGGAAGAGGCCGAAAUGAAAGCUGUUUCCACAUCUCCUGGGGGACGGUUUCUCAAGUUUGAUAUCGAGCUCGGGAGAGGGUCCUUCAAGACUGUCUAUAAAGGUCUGGAUACCGACACGUGGGUGGAAGUUGCCUGGUGUGAACUUCAGGACCGUAAGCUGACCAAAGUAGAGCGUCAGCGGUUUAAGGAGGAGGCAGAGAUGCUGAAGGGGCUGCAGCACCCCAACAUCGUCCGCUUCUAUGACUUUUGGGAGUCACCCCUCAAAGGGAAGAAGUGCAUCGUCCUGGUAACGGAGCUCAUGACAUCAGGCACGCUCAAAACAUAUCUGAAGCGCUUCAAGGUAAUGAAGCCCAAGGUUCUGAGGAGCUGGUGUAGGCAGAUCCUGAAGGGUCUUCACUUCCUCCACACCAGGGCCCCUCCCAUCAUCCACAGAGACCUGAAGUGUGACAACAUCUUCAUCACGGGCCCCACCGGCUCCGUCAAGAUAGGAGACCUGGGGUUGGCCACGCUCAAGAGGGCCUCCUUCGCCAAGAGUGUCAUAGGCACCCCAGAGUUCAUGGCCCCAGAGAUGUAUGAGGAGCACUAUGAUGAGUCAGUGGAUGUCUAUGCCUUUGGGAUGUGCAUGUUGGAGAUGGCCACCUCAGAGUACCCGUACUCGGAGUGCCAGAACGCUGCACAGAUCUACCGCAAAGUCACCAGUGGGGUGAAGCCUGCCAGCUACAACAAGGUUGUGGAUCCUGAAAUCAAGGAGAUUAUUGGCGAGUGCAUCUGCCAGAAGAAAGAGGAGCGGUACUCCAUAAAGGACCUGCUGAACCACGCCUUCUUUGCGGAGGACACAGGGGUGCGGGUGGAGCUGGCCGAGGAGGAUGAUGGGAAGAAGGCGGCCAUCGCCCUGAAGCUGUGGGUGGAAGACCCAAAGAAGCUGAAGGGAAAAUACAAGGAGAGUGGAGCCAUUGAGUUUAGCUUUGAACUGGAAAAAGAGAGCUCAGAGGGCGUGGCCCUAGAGAUGGUGGAAUCAGGGUUCUUCCAUGAGAGUGAUGCUAAGAUCGUGGGGAAGUCUAUCCGGGACCGUGUAGCACUUAUUAAAUGGAGGCGGGAGAGGACUGUGUCGGCCCUACCCCCAGUGAACCAGGGAGAGGCAGGACUCAGGGCCCAGGCCACCCUAGCCCAGGGGACCUCUGCUGGGGCUACACAGGCAGGACAGCCCCCUUUGAUUGAGCCCAACGAGCCAGAAGCAGACCAGCACGACAGGCUAUGUAACCUUCCGGCCAGCGCAACCUCUGUCACAUCAGACAGUACCUUUGACAGCGGCCUGGGCUCCACUGUGUUUUCUGACUCCCACAGCAGCCAGCACAAUGUCCUCUACCAGUCCCAAGUGGAGCCCAUCACCAUGGCAACGCAGCAGCGUCAGUGUUUGGCUUCAGCACGUCCCCGAUCCUGUGAAAGGGGCGAGGGGUGGAAAGCAGCCCUGGGGCCAGAGUUCCGAGUGUGUGCAGGGACACGGAGAGGGAGUGCCUCGGUCAUUGACACUCUUAGGGGCAACAACGACAUCCCUCUUCAUAUGCUCCUGCAACCUAUUACCUCUGGGUCCUGCAGCCAACAGAGAGAUUCCAGUCCCUCCCCCACAUCACCAGACGACCAGUCAGAGAGCAGCCCCUCUGAGUCCCGCUCUGAGGCCGAGGACGGCUUCCCUUCCCCGAGUGCAUUUCCUGCCCCCAUCCUCCUGGCCCCCCCAUCCCCCACAUACUCUGAGGCCCGACGUCAUAGUGACUCUUCUAUAGAAUCUCCGACAUUGGAAGCCACCAAUGGAAGUAGGUUGAAGUCUGUGUCAGUGGAGGCAGCAGUGGGGCGGAGGCACUCGGACCUGAGCACGCUGCAGAGCCUAAACUCUGCCCUUCAACACCACCAUCAUCAUCACCAAGGCGCACCCAGAAACCACCUGUGCCAAGCCUGCCUCUCUCUGCUGCUGCUGAAGUCACGAGAAGGGGGGCACAAGAAGCACACUGCUUUUCCCUUUCCACCACACCCCUGUGCUUGCCCCCACCGGCACCAACACUUCUCCAGUGGGAUGACGACAACUGCAGGGUCAGGAGGGAUGAAAGGUCCAAGUCAUACAGGAAGUGACUUCUCUGACCUCUCCUUAUUAGAAAAGAACCUGAUGAACAUCAUCAGCCGUAAAACCACCCCAUCCAACCAGGGCCAAGCCUCCCUCCUCCACCUGCGUACAGCCCAACAGCCUGUACGGAGCUAUGGGGAUGGUAGUCUGAAGUUACCCCAGAGAGGCAGCUUCAGUGGUGACCACACAGCACCCCCUCUAGCCAGGCCCACACAGGACCACAAGGCCAGCUACUGUGCUGGGGAGCACCGAGCCACCGGGCCUCCGGGAGUGCCCAGUGCUGUGCAUGCAUUGCUCCAGAACCAGUCAUCUCUCCAGGGCCAGCCUGCCUCUGCCCCAGCCCUGCACACGCCCCUGCAGUACCUCCAGCCUGGCUACAGCUAUCCCGCCAGUCCCCUGGCAGCCCAACAGACACCUACCGCAGCAGGCUACUCAGCUGCAGCUCUACAACACACCCCAGCCUCGGCAACUUACACAGCAUCAACCAUUCCUCUGCAACAUAACAAUACUGGACAUAGCUACCCAGCUCCAGCUCUGCAAAAGACAGCAACAGCAGCAAGUCAUUCAACUGCAAAUGUACCACUUCAACAGCCUGUAGCAAGCUUUUCAGCAGCUACCCUGCCCCUGCAACAGCCACACACUGCAGCAAGCUACACUGCAGCAACUAUGCCAAUCCAACAGACACCAACUCCACAGAGCUACAGUGCCCCAACUCAGCAACAAAUGACUCAAACUGCUGCAAGCUACCCAGCUCCAAUUCUGCAACAGACCCCAACAGCAGCAAGCUUCUCAGCAGCAGUAGCCAUGCCUGUCCAACAUACUGUAUUGGCAGCUAGCAUAGGAACUGCAACAAUACCCUCACAACCAGCUGCACAGAGAUACCCAGCUCCAGUGGAGCAUCUGCAACAUCUCGCUCCCCCACAGAGCUAUGCAACUGUGGUCCACACCGUACCUAUACCCAGUCUCCCUACUCAGGAUCCCAGUGUCGCAACACAGCCUCUAGCUGCUGCUGUGCUUCCCCCAGUCCAGCCUUGCCCAGCGCCACACAGCCUCCCAGCCACAGCCAUGCCUCCCAGUCUGCAGCCAGGCCAGUCUAGUCCCAUGCAUCACAGCCAACAGACUGUGCCGGUCCCCAUUCAACAGCAACAUAGCCAGCCAAUGCCCCAGCCCUCAGUACAACACCGCCAACAGCCUGUUCAGGCCCCCAUUCAGCAGCACAACCAGCAAACUGUGCAGGUCCCCCUACCCAAACACAGCUGGACAAUGGCCCAGCCCACUGUCCAACAGGCUCCAGUCGUCCAGAGCUAUCAGUCACCUGCACAUACUGUGCAGCAAGGUUCAACCCUCCAGAGUUACCCCAACGCUGCACCCCUAAUGGGGCAACCGAGCACUGCUUCACAGAGCUACACACCCACAGCCCCACACAUAAAACAACAGGCUGCACCGGUACAAGGCUACACGCCAACGAAACCCAGUGUGAUGGGUCAGGCCUGUCCAUCUGCUACACAGCAGGCUGCAGCCCCUAAGACCUACCCAGUGGCCCCCAUAGUGCAACAACAGACUGGGCUUGCCACUCCACAGCACAGCCAGGCCCAGGCAGCUACACUGCCACUAGGCCAACAGAACCAACCCUAUGUCUUCAACACAGUUUUCCUGAACCAGAAUUUUCCUGCUGCUCAAAGCCUUUCCCAGCACCACCAAACAUCAUCUAGUCUGCCUUCCCAGGCAUCGCCGCCUCAGCAGCUAUUGGCUCAGGCCUCUGUCCCUCAGCAGCUGAAGCCACUGCAGAUCUCCACCACUCAGCCACCAACACACCUUUCCCAGCAGGUUCAGCAGCAGGCCAAUGCCCAGCUUCCAGAUGCCAUCCCCUUUGCACAGCCUAAUCAGCAUUCCCAGCCUGCAGUUUUAUCCCCUCCAAUACAGACUGUGCCGGACCCUGGCGCAGGUACUGCCGCAACCCAGCUUGACCUCAACCAGAACCCCAGCCAAACCCAGUCCCAGCAUCAGGCCCAAGGCCAGAGCCAACCACAGGCUCCAGCUCCACUACCGCCUGACUCCCAGACAGCAGCCCCUUGGCCUGCAAGCACCAGCCUGACUCAGCAGAACCAGGCCAGUGCCAGCAGAUACUCAGGGACCACACUCACCUCGGGACAGGCUCAAACAGAGUCCAAUCUGGAGGAUCCUGGUACAGAGAAGCAGGCUUCAGGAGCCAGCUACUCCUACGACAGUGUGAACUCCGACGCCACCUCAGGGAAGGAGAUGAGCGAUGGUAACGAGGGGACGCACGGAUCAGGAAAGGGCGAGGGAAAGGUCCGGAAACACCACCGCCACUCCACGCGCACCCGCUCACGCCAGGACAAGAUCAACAAGCCCAAACUCAGCAUGCUCAAUGUGUGUUAUACAGGGGAUAAGAUGGUGGAGUGUCAGCUGGAGACACACAACCACAAGAUGGUUACCUUCAAGUUCGACCUGGAUGGAGACGCACCUGAGGAGAUAGCCACUUACAUGGUGGAGAAUGACUUCAUCCUGCUCCUGGAGAAGGAGAUGUUUAUAGAGCAGUUAAAGGAUAUUGUGGACAAGGCUGAGGACAUGCUGAGUGAGGACACGGAGGGGGAAAGGAUUUCUGACCACGUGGGCAGUCCCCAGCAGAGCCACGGAGCAGUCCUACUGGGGGGAGAGGGUACAAAGACGGCUGCACCUAAUUCACCACAACUUGUGUACCAGCAGAACGUCCUCCACACUGGGAAGCGCUGGUUCAUCAUCUGCCCCGUGGCCGAGACGCCCACGCCAGACAGAGAGAGGACUUCAUCAGACACCUCUACAACCAAGGAGGCUCCUGUCACAUCAUUGUCUAGGUCCAGUUGCAGUACUACUCCGCCAGUGUCUGCCCCAACUCCUGUUCUUGCCCUGACCACCACACCCCCUACUCCAGGCCCCUCUGCACCUCAAAGCUCUGCCCAGUCUCAGGACACCAACGUAGGCAAGGCCAGAGUUCAGCAGCCCCAGGCCUCUGGAACCAAACCCUCCAGCACCAGUGCUACGACUGCUGCCAUGGGCCGCCACGGCUCUCUUUCAGGCAGCGAACCCUGCAUCUCCAUGGUAACAGACAUUCCAUGCUGCCCCAUCGCCCCACCUGUGUCCCUGGAUGUGAAUGGGGCGGGACAUAAAGGGGUGAGUGGCACUUCCUCAUGUCUACCCAAUCAGGAGGCCAGCCUGUCAGGAGACCCGCCCCCUCCCCUGGACUCCCACCAGCCAGUGGUCCUGCAGCAGCCCUAUGCCAUGCCAAGCAUGGUGGGAGGAGGAGGUGGAGCCAGAACACCAUCACAGCCCCAGAGUCCCGCCCACCAGGCGUCCCAGCAGCAGGAUGGACCUGGGGGGUCUGGGAGUGGAGGUGGUUGCGGCCUGGGGGAGUCUGAUGGAGAGGGUCCGCCCAGGGUGGAGUUUGUGGACCGUACCAUCAAGACUCUGGAUGAGAAGCUGAGGAACCUGCUGUACCAGGAGUAUGCCCAAUCUGCUCCCUCCAGCACCGCCUCCGACUUCCAGGGCUCCAACACAGAGGGGAUCACCUCUCCCCCUGUCUCUGACUGCCAGACCACCUCUGGGGAGGGUCUCUCCUGGAAGGGAGAGGUGCUGGUAAAGAUGCACUGUGUGUCUGUGUCCGCCAGAUAUUCGGAUUUGGGCAGCAGCAGCAUUUUAUCUGAUGGAGGGCCUCAGAUUCCUGAGCGUACUGAUAGUUUGGGUACACUGAGUGACUCUGCAGGAUUGUUGAACAGGAGAGACUUUGUGGGCAGUUCCAGUUCCUAUGUCUCCAAGAGCCGCUUUCAGAUCAUCCCCACUCCUCCGGACGUCAUCCGUCGUUUAGAGAAGGGCAGAAGUCGCAGUUCCCCGGCUCCCUCUAGUGGUUCAGGGGGCUCUCGCGCCGCAGCCAAGGGGGGCAGCCCACGAGACCAGGGGUGUAUGGUCGUGGGUAGGUUCUCAGUGAUGACCGCUGAAGAGGGUGCGGAAAACGCCCCCAAACCCCCCUGUAGUAACCGCUACUCAGCCCCCCCAGACUUGUACCAGGACACCACCGCCUCUAGCCCCAACGCCACCCCCAGCCUGCUCCCACGUGCCCACACUGCUGACGCUGCCACCAACCAUUCCUUUCACUUCGACUCUGACUCGGGGGAGGAGGACACCAGCAGUUUAGCCCCUCCCCUUGCCCACCACAAGCCUCCGGCUCAUGCCCUCCCGGAACACAGCGGAAGUGACCUCAUGAAGAGGGCGGUGGCCUUCCUGCGCCGCACUGGCCGCAGCAGUGUGCAGAGUUCUGAUUCGCCGAGCCGGCAAUCCGUGGUAGCGAAUGGCCACUCUGUCCUGCCGCCUGGACCCGGCCAUGUAUCAUACGUCAGCAGUGACAACGACUCUGAGUUUGAGGAUGCGGACAUGAGGAAGGAGCUGCAGAGGCUGAGGGAGAAACACAUGAAGGAGAUCUCUGAGCUGCAGGCGUUCCAGAGAAGUGAGAUAGAGCGUCUGUAUAAAGAGCUGGGGAAAGCCCUGCCGCCUGGUGUAGGCCUGUUGCACGCUGCUCCCCCUAGUGGCCGCAGACGCAAGGUCAGCAAACACAAGCUGAAGGCAGGCAAGCUGCUCAACCCCAUGGUGCAGCAGCUGAAAAACAACCUGAAUACCACCACCACCACCGGUGAGAGCGCACCGAGCUCGUCUGGCUCUCCAGCUAAGAGCUCCAUUGUGUCUGACGGCUCGGCCCGCUCCAGUGGCAGCAGCAGUACCAGUGGCACUCGGCCCGGCAAGGCCCCAGAGCCUGUCCAGACCCAGCAGCCCUGCUCUCUCAAGGGCUCGUUCUCUUCUGACAACAUCUACGGUGGAGGCAUGGCCACACACGUAGGCCCAGGGCAAGGCUGGACGGUAUACCACCAAACGUCAGAGAGAGUGACCUAUAAAUCUAGUAGCAAACCACGUGCUAGAUUCCUCAGUGGACCCGUGUCUCUGUCCAUCUGGUCCACACUGAAACGACUAUGUCUAGGCAAAGAGCGCAGUAGUAGGUCUUCUCACGGCGCCAGUGCGACUCAGAUGGCAUCCAAUCAGCAACAGCCAGCAGCUGUCCCCAAUCCUUUGCCAUCUCCUCAACCAAUGACGGUGCUAGCUCAGGCCCAGACAAACAACAGCAACAACAAGAAACCAGGUACUUUCACGGACGACCUGCACAAGCUGGUAGAUGAUUGGACAAAGGAGACGCUGGCGGCCACACAGCCGCGGCCCUCUCUGAACCAGAUAAAACAGCAGAGACGCAUGCAGGACCUGGAGGGUCUAGCCGCGCCCCUGGGAGGAGCCACGCAGGAGGUGAGAUGUCCCAUCCCUCCAAGUAAGUUCCAGCUGCCUUUGUCGUGCCCGCUGACAGCUGCUUUAGGCCCAGCCAUGCCCACUGCCCUGAGCUCCAACCCCUCUGCCAUGCUCCAGCCCGGGUACAUGGUACCAGCAGGCCCCUACGGAGGGGUGGUGCCCAGCCCCCUAUACCCCCAGCAGUGGUCUGGUAUGCCCAGCCCUGUGGGGAUAAUGGGGGCAGCGGGAGGGAUGCCCUACCCCACCAUGGCCAACCCAGGGGUGCAGGCCUACCCCCUGACCCUGCACAGCCCUGAGAACGUCCCCAACACCAGGACUACCUAAAGUGACAACUAGCACCUCCCUGCACCCACUAAACCCCUAUCUCACCCCAUCGCCCCCGAUGCUCAACAGACUGCCCCCAGAUGUUCCCCUCUAUCCCAGCACACUCACAUCAGGACUGCCUGACUAACAUAUUUAACUAAUCCUGUGUUGCUAUCCUAACUCAACUCUGUUCUCACUCCAGGGUUACAAUUGUAACGAAAUCAAACUCUUAAAAACUUUUAAUAGAGUGAUGGGCUGAAAAAUAGAGUAAAGUAGGGCCCACACAAUUAAAUGCUCCAACAAAUGGCUUAUGGGUCAUUCCACCUCAAAUCACAAGAAAGAUGAUUUCGACACCCUGAUUGUGCUGAAAUAUUUUCUGUAGUUAGAAACCUGAUAUUAGCAUUCCUGAAAAUGUUUUUUGAGAUAUAAUUUGAUCUCUGAGAAAUUAAGCUAAUUGCACAAAAAUGUGCCAUUUUAAAUGUAUAUGAUUCAUAUAAUCUUCAAUAAAAAUAGUACCUAACAUCCGAUUUGGACCAUAAUUCUUCAUGACAAUUAGUAAGACGUUGGUAUACAAUAAAAUGAUCAAAAGCCACCCACGGACCCAUGUGAAUCUGGUGACAGCUUUUUCCUCUUUUCACAGAAAUUAGCCUUUUGAAGUCUCUUGCAUUAUUUGAAUUUUAUAUUGCUUUUUUUUUACAUUUAACCUUUACUUAACGAGGCAAGUCAGUUAAGAACAAAAUAUUUUUUACAUUGACGGCCUACUGGGGAACAGUGGGUUAACUGCCUUGUUCAGACCGACAGAUUUUUACCUUGUCAGCUCGGGGAUCCUUUCGGUUACUGGCCUAACACUAUAACCACUAGGUUACCUGCCGCCCCAUUUACCAUCGAUUUAGUGUGAAAGUACUCUGUUUUUCCCACUAGAUGCCACUGUUUCUGCUACUGCCACACCCUUUAAUCAAUUUUGCUGGUCUCUUGUCUUUUAUUAAAUGGAUCACAACAUCUUCUUUGUAACUUUUUGUAGAAAACUAAUAGCUUUUGCUCAUGAUGAAAAUAAAUUGUAUGGAAAUCCUCACAAUUCAAGCAAAGUCCUCCAUUAAAGUAAUUGUUUGUCCUUCUCUUAAUCUGUGUCCAGGAAACAGCCCCUCUGUGUGUGGUUUAUUCCAUUAAAAAAACGUUUAAGAUUAGUUAGGUCAUUCCUGUUGAACAAGCAAACCAUUAGGCUACAGCAGUUCUAAUGGUUUCAAUGUCAUGGUCUCGAAUGGUCUUUAAUGGUGAAAGUCCUAAACAUAGUGUUUUGUAAUUGUAUGGUGUUGGGUUGUAAUGGUAAAUGUCACUUAUCACACUACAUAGAGAUGUUUUCUAAAAGUAUUCUUUUUUAACAUACAAGUGCAAUGGUUUAAUAUUUUAUUUUAUUAGGAUUGUCACAUUUGCAUCACCAGCCAAUUCCUCAAGUUUUGGGCUUGUAGGAAAAGUCUUCAUAUUGCACAUAAGGACAGGCCUCUCAGGGGGCUGCCAUUUGUUGGACUAUUCAAGAAGAGUUAUAGGUUGAAGCAUUACGUUUCUAAGAGAAGGACAAACUGAAUUGCUUUCAUGGAGGACUGGCUUGAAGGAUGACUGGCUUGAAGGAUGACCACACAAUCUAUUUUCAUCAUGAGCUGUUUUUGUUCUACCCAAAGUUGCAAAAGAAAAUGUUGUGAUCCAUUUAAUAAACACGAGAAACCAGCAA